AUGGAUAACACAGACCACUCCGAACAAAACAAUUUCAGUCCUCUCACUGUCCAAGAAGUAGACGUUGAUUUUUUACCGAUUGUGUACGAAAUCAUACGAAGUGUUGAACGAGACUUCCACGAUAAUUCUGCUAAAGUGCGAGAAUCCCAGGAUUGCAGUUUGAAAGUGUUAGAGUUACAGAGAAAAUUCGACGUCGCUCGAUCUCAAAUUAAGCGGUUACCAGGAAUUGAAUACAAUAAGCAGGAUCAAUUGAAACAAUUUGAGAUUCUCAGUACUCAACUACGACUGAAGAGAGAGUUGUUACAGAGAUACCUGCGAAGAGCUGCACAGUUAGCGGUGUCCGUAUUUUUUAAAGGAAAAGAGAAAAUCUCCGAUAUUGAUCCCGGAAAACUCAACAGAUUUUUAGUUUUCUUAAGGAAAUUCAGAGAAAACCUCCGAGAGGGCAUCAAUGAUGCCAAAAGACAAUUAAAAAAAUGA